AUGCUGACAAGAUGCCCCGUGUCCCGCCCCGGCGCCUCGUGCGAGUUCUGCCUGGAGCGCACCCCGCCGGGCGGCGCCGAGCCGCGGCCCAGCCCCGGGCGGCCCGCGCGGCCCCCGGGCGGGCGGCAGCUGCGCGUGCUGCUCACGCCGCUCGCGCCCGCCGGCCGCCUGCCCCAGAAGCGGCUGCUCGGCCGCUACGAGGGCGGCGGCGGGAAGAGCGACGGCAGCGAGCGCAGCGACGGCAGCGACGAGGGGGACGAGGGGGACGCGGGCGCCCAGGAGGGGUUUGCACACUUGUCGGCCUACGAAAGGAAGAGGCUCAAGAACAUCACGGAGAAUGCCAAGUUCUUUGCUUCCCUCAAGCUGCACGAGUCAGCUGCAAGACUUCAACAAAUUGCAAAUAAAGUACAGCCUCACGUCACCAAAAGGCCCAGGGCCAGGAAGGCCGAGGAGGAACCGGUGCGCCGCAGAUCCAUGCGCCUGCAGAGAGCGGAGCCCGCGGCGGCGCCCGCGCCAGGAAUCCCCGCGCAGCCGGGAGACGAGGAAUACCCUCGAGUUCCGCCUGGGCCUCUCUCCAUGCUUCCAGAGGAUCAGAAAGAGAACAGCAAGGUGGCRGAGGAGUUCCUGGCUGUGUGGACAAGGAUAAGCGAGAUGAAGCCUAAUGAUACAGAAAAGCAUUCACGUGACAUGGAAAGAUACGUGUCCAGCCUGARCAGCAUGACCCUCAGCGAAGACGGCGUUAAGAAGGUGGUGAAAACCCGAGUGUGCUCCAUGGCCAUCCACCCCGCGGACAGCACCCUCUUCGUGGCCGCUGGCGACAAGCUGGGGCAGAUUGGGCUCUGGAACGUUGACUGUAAGACUGAGGAAGGAACCCAUGUCUUUAUCCCACAUAAUUAUCCGGUCAGCUGCAUGCAUUUUUCUCCUGCUAAUCCUGCUCACCUGGUGUCUCUGAGCUAUGACAGUCUGCGAUGUGGGGAUGUUACCAGAGCUGUCUUCGAUGAGAUCUGCAGGAGCGAGGAAGACUUUUCUUCCUUCGACUUCUUGGAAGAAAACGCCUCCUCGGUGCUCGUGGGGCACUGGGACGGCCGUGUGGCCGUGGUGGACAUGCGGAGCCCCGGCGCCUCUUCGGAGCUUUCUGCAGACAUUGGCUUCAAAAGGACGAGGACGGUCCACGUUCACCCCGUGCAGAAGCAGUAUUUCAUUGCGGCUGGCUCGCUGGACGUCUGCAUCUACGAUGUCCGGUACCUGAGGCCGAAGGGCAGCAAGCCCGUGAGCACCUUGCAGGGACACACCAAAAGUGCCGCUUCCGCCUACUUCUCGCCCGCCACUGGAAACAGGGUGGUGACCGUGUGCGCUGAUGAUAAGCUCAGGAUCUAUGACACCAGCUGUUUAUCAUCUACCAUUGGAGUUCUCAGUGCCAUCAGACACAACAAUAACACAGGACGCUGGUUAACUAGGUUCAGAGCAAUAUGGGAUCCCAAACAGGAAGACUGCUUCGUGGUGGGCAGCAUGGCACGUCCGAGGCAAAUAGAAGUCUUUCAGGACACAGGAAAAUUGUUGCACUCCUUUUAUAAUGUUGAUUAUCUUGGUUCUGUGUGUUCCAUUAAUGUUGUGCACCCCACUAAGAACAUCUUGGUGGGUGGCAACUCCAGUGGUCGCCUUCAUGUGUUCAAAGAAUGAAAAAUGUUGCUCAGAUCUGUAUUUUUUUUCCUUU